AAUCAUCGAAAAAUAAAAUAACAUGGAGAUUAGCCAGCGCAAAGAAAUGAAGACUCGUCAGUAAACUACGGCUACUACUUUUCAACGUGCAGAGACGUCAUGGUCAUUUCAUAUUGCAGCAGUGAAGCAGCCGCGGAUCUAGCGAUGUGCAGCGGUGUGAAAAUGACCGACGCUUGCACAACAAAACUCCCUUCCUCGACCGUCUCUGCCACAUCUUCCCCGUCACCGUCCCCACAACAGCAAAAAACUCCGCCGUCACAUCCAUUUGAAUGGGAUAUCAACGACUCUAAUGUUCCAAAGGUGAGCCAGUACGACAGGUUCAGCGAGUGGUCGGACGGGCACAGCCGACACGUGUAUGCCCCGACACUGGAGGAGGCGCGUAAACACGCGUCAGGCUGGGCCAUGCGGAACACCAACAAUCAUAACGUCAACAUCUUGAAGAAGUCAUGUCUGGGUGUCGUCCUCUGUAACCAGCGAUGCACCUCAGAAUCUGGUAUCAAAGUAACGUUACGGCCGGCCAUCUGCGACAAGGCGCGCAAGAAGCAGCAGGGUCGGCCGUGCCCCAACAAGCAGUGUGGGGGGCGGCUGGAGCUGAUGCCCUGCAGGGGGCACUGUGGCUACCCCGUCACCCACUUCUGGCGACACACUGAACACGCUAUAUUCUUCCAGGCGAAAGGCGUUCAUGAUCACCCGCGGCCUGAAGCCAAAAGUACGGCGGAGGCGCGCAAGUCGGUGUCGGGCAAAGCUGUCCAUGCUACGCGACGGCCGCCCACCAGAGCACUUGAACAUAAGAUCACGACAGGAGUGAAGCGGUCGUUGUCCGGCAGCUCGUUGAGGGGCGGGGAUGGCAGUGGCCCUCCUGUCAAGAUCCUCAAAACUGGACCUCCUCCUCUGUUGCGAGACUACAACCCCAAUACAAACGUGUGUUCUUGCCCUCCAUUCGAGUGUUCGUGCACGAAAUCUUCAUCAGUGAGUCAGAGUUAUGGUUACCUAGGACGGUCGCCAAUGGCUGCAAACACUCCUAGUUUAGAGAACUACACUCCGAGUUUAGAUUCGUAUUCUUCUCACUUAACGGGCAUGGAAGGGUAUUCGACUACCUCUCCGUGGACACCGGUUGUAGAAUGGCCAAAUCAAAGUCAGCCAAUUCACUACAAAGAGGAGCCCUGGGCUACUUGGUCCACUAACCAAGAGACCGCAAGUGGAAUAUUAACACAAGGGAGUUACAACAACCAAUCCGAAGUUCAUGUUAACAAUAAUUUUCUGCAAACCCAGGGGUCGAAUCUCGGCGUUGUUGAAACUAACCAACUGCCGAUAGAUACAGCGUACCAAGCUGAUGAUCAAGAUUGUCUAUUUUCUUUUGAUACGUUUCAACCAGGUGACAUCUUCGCUCUCGAUGAACAUCAAAUUGAGAUCGGCGCAUCUUCGAGAGAAGCAUCACAAAUAAAUCCAUACAUUGCAAAUAGUUCUAACCAACAGAUAACAUUAUCGAACUCAACCAAUACAACGCAAACAAGUCAAGCUGUAGAUACAACAGCGAAUAGAUUUUUGCAGUGUCUUGAUGAUAUCAUAGGCGACUGUUUGCUUAACGAAUCUUGUCCUGAAAACCCACAGAUGCAACACUCACUUUCGUUAAAUAACACCGUAGCGAAUCAGCAAUAUUGUGCACAACAACCAUGGCCGCCGCAAGGCGCACCCACUAUGAUGACGACAAUCACGAAGACUACCAAAAUAACGGCGUCUAUAGAAGAGAAGGUGAUGCUCAAUCCUUCAACAUUGUACCCCGAAGCCACGUGUUCAAGCUAUCCUCAGUACGGUGGAGUCCAGAGCGACACUCUACAAGCGUCUAAUUCAUUGUACCACAACCACGACAUUCCGCCCCAGCUUAUGUCCAACGUCAUGAAGUCUGAGGGAGCCAUUCCCAUGCCUGGGAAAUUUUCUGGACCGUUCGGAUCCAACGAUAUGCCCCUCUCUUGUUCGGCUUAUCAGUAUAACGACUGCUACCCUCAGAUCCAGGGUAAAUCGCCAAUAUCAGACCCUCUCCAAUCCCCUCCUACAUUCCAGAACUUGGACACCCACGAAACUACUCAUGGAUCUCCUGUAACAAGCAAUGAAUUUUCGAAUUACAGUGUGUGUUCAACAAAUGCCGGCAACGACAACUCGCCAGACAGAUUCGCCCAAGAUUCUGUCCAUUUCUCGAUUUACCCGUCCGUAAAUGAUCCACCGGAUAAUUGUGGCUUGAGGAUCUCAACUUCGAUGUAUGGCGAGCCUCAGCAGCACGAGUUCGCUUACCCUCGGCCAGACGCAAGAACAAAUUCUAACUACGAUCUUACCAUGUUUACGUCGUCUUACUGCAUAGCUAACGACUCAAAUCAAAGUUCACAAACCUGCAUUGAUAAUUUCGCUAAAAAUGUGAGAACAGAGGUGACGACCGGGGUUAACGCCGAGGCUUAGUGGAAAUCAUAAUAUAAAUGUAGGUUUGAAAUGUAAAUCUGAGACCCGUGAAAAUAGGUGCGACAAAUUAGUCACGAGACCAGAAAUAAAGAAUUUCUUAUGAGAUUUCAAAUUGUAAAAAGAGUCGUUUUGGUGCUGAAUCACAUGUGAGAUGAACCGUUUAAAUUAUGUUGCCAAUUGGCAAGAAAGUAAUGCUUUGUUGCAAUGCUGAUUUCCACCUUUAAAAAGAAUCUAUUAGGCGCGUGAUGUUCUGCAAAGUUGCGGUUAGGCUCUAAUUAUUCACAAUUAGGAUGAAAACGAUACCUGUCGCAGAGCGCGCAGUAUGUCUAUAGGUCUAGAAAUAAUCUCAAAUGAUAUAAUUCGUGCAAUGUCAGCGUCAAACUGUUUCAUGAGAGUAAGUGCAUUAUAACGUUAGUACAAACAAAUAUACGACAUUCCGUGAGCUACCUGGCUUAGAGAUCUAUGCAGGACAAUAUCUCACAGCAUUUGAUUAUUAAUUUUCUUAAACUGUAUUUAGUUUAAUUUGGAAUAUUUUCCAUAUUUCAAGUAAUUUAAUGGUGAGUGAAAACGAGUGGCUUAGAUGUAAGAAUAAAAUAUGGAAAAGUGGAAGGGUUGUUUCUGAAUAAAUUGUGCUUAUGGAAGACGAGGCUGCUCAAUAUGAUACUUGUCAAAGUAAAGGAUCUCAUUAUAGGUAUGAUGUUAAGUGCGUAGUUGAUAUUUCUUUCAUGCCUUUCAUCACCCACGAUUGGAGUCGGAAAUUUGGAAAUUCAAAAGCCCUUUAGUGAAAUGAAACGAAAACUAGUCAAUUAAUAAUUCAUAAAUUCAUGGAUAAUUUAAUAGUAAUACUGCUUGUUGUAGGGCUCUUGACCGAGAAAUUAAACGUUAAAUUGGUUAAAAGUAUGGUCAUGCGAUGGAAUAUAUCGAACCUAAACUAUUGCAAAAUAAAAAUGCAAGUCUGCGUGCUUCAAAUGAAUAAGUGAUGAUGAAAUAAUUAUUUAAAAAUAAGUAGUUACAAAAUAAUUAUUUUGUAACUACUUAGGGUACUGCGCCUUUCUACAUAGACUGCUGGUUUAUAUGAUACGGAAAUGUGUGCAUUAAAUAUUAUUUGUAUUUCUUAUUUACGUUAAUAGUUGUGACAAAUCUUAAUGAGACUUGUUUAAAGACAAGGAUAUUAUCCCUUCGGCAUAGUAAUGUUAAGUGGAGCUAAUGUUACUGAACAGUAAUGCCAUGUAAAGAAGCUAGUCAUAUGGGACAUUUUGUUGUUACACCACGUGUACAAUAUUACUUAUAGGUCAUUACUUUAAUUACA